AUGGAGUCUCAAGGUAUCAGCAGAGGAGAGCCACGACGACAAACCUAUACAGUCCGGCGUAUCAAGCCAUCAGACUUCCCAGCGGCAGCAGAAAUUCUAGCGAAUGACAGCAGCCUGGGCAAAACGUUGCACUCGGGCAAGGAAGGCUACCACAGCGGGCCCCUAGAUGGAUUUAUCCAGAGUAUACGGUCGAGAUAUCUGAGUCCUGGAUGGGUGAUAUAUGUCGCCGUCGCAGUUCCUAGCAAGGAUGACACCACAGGCCUGAAUGAAAUAAUUGUUGGAUAUGCAGCUUGGAAGCGAACAGGCACAAGCCCCGCAGCGCAAGCAUGGUCUGACAAUAAUGAGUGGAAUUUAAAUGGUAUGAAUGCAUUGCUCCUCUUCUCUUGUGGCUGGAUGGCUCGCUCACGAAAGCGUCUCCGUCUCAGGUCUCCGGGUAUCCCUUUCCAGCUUACAAGACAGUUUAACCCAAUGCUUCCAGUUAAGCAAAGGGGUUAG